AGUGGAAGGAUUAAGAGUUUAUGGGUGUGUGUAUUUGAGAGGAUCUGUUUUCCCUCUAACAUCGAAACUGAAGGGCCCUUGGGACAUUUGUGUUAGGGACCAGUUUGGAUCCGCCUGUAACAACGCCUCUGCUAAGAAAUCCCCGCUAAGAGCAGCUGCUGCAAUCCACACAAUUGUCUCAGGGGAUGGUCUCCAUGAGCUGGUUGAGACUAAUCAAGCUAUUCGGACCAGAAAGAAGAUAGCAGGUAUCUGUAUGAUUAAUCAGGAAGUGUAACAAUCAAGUCAAAAAACCAAAACACCAAACAAUCAAGAGAAUGGCAGAAAACGGAGACCAGGAUCCUCACUGGACCUACCCGGCCCAAGAAUUGGUGAGAAGAGAGGAGGAGAGGACUCCCCAGGUCCAAGAAGGUGAAACUGUAUUGAGGACCCACCAAGAGAAGAUGAUUGAAGAUUCUGGUUCUGUCCAACUGAAAACCUCCCCAGAAAUAGAAACACUAGGUCCCCAAGAGACAAACAGUGUGUCUGGAAGCCCCUCUGCAGUAAAUGAAGAGGAUUCCUCAGAGGGAAGACCAGUGAGUUCUGAUGGAAUUUCUCUGAGAACAAACACUGAGGAGUCCCCAGGCCUUCUGAACCUUAACACAAUGAGUUUACCAGACUAUUCCCUGGACAAAGACAUGGUAUCUUCCUUAGGUGAAAGGAAAACACAUUCAGGGCCAGUUGCUCUGGAAGAGAAAAUCAUAGGGGAACCCCCAACAGAAAAGGAGAACAGUGUACCCACCCCCAGAGGAGAGCCACAAGAUACCAUAAUCCAAGAAACCACACUUCCAUCUGCAGACUUCCUGGAACCAAUGAAAGAGAGUAUCUCAAACAAGGAGGGGGAGAGACCCCAAGACACAGCAAGGAAGAGACACUUGACAGAAGCGGGGAAGUCAGAGGCUGAAGCCCAUCCACAAGAGACAGAGACCAGGCAGGAAGCAACGCCAGAGAAGGAGAAGUCCUUUUUAGGCAAUGGUCUUGCCUUUCCUGCAGCUUCACUGGGAUUCCUGGUAGUUGUGGUUUGUUUCAGCAUAUAUUGCAAUGGCUACUAUACUUCACAGCCCCACUAUGUGCCAGAAAAUCCAGCCUUGGAGGCCUUCUUGUCUAGGUUUAACCAGCUGAAGGACAGCUUUCCAGGCCAGAGCUCUUACCUGUGGGUUAGAGGGCGAAAAUUAUUGCAGAGGCAUCUCAACACUUCCAGUCAUAGUGAGCCAGCUAUUUUAAUCUUUACUGCUGCCCGCGAAGGUGAAGAAACCUUGAAGUGCCUGAGCAACUGUAUUGCAGAUGCCUACUCCACCUCACUCCGUGCCAGUACGAUCCAGGUUGACGGGGCUGGUAAAGCCACACUCAACAGCGACAAAGCUAAACUGGAGGUAGAUUAUGAGCUGAGCACCGGCUUUGAGGAGGGCAAGAGGGCCGCAGUGGUGCACCGGUUCGAGUCGCUACCUGCUGGCUCCACCUUGAUCUUUUACAAGUACUGCGACCAUGAGAGCGCAGCCUUCAAAGACGUGGCACUGCUCUUAACGGUCCUGCUGGAGGAAGAGAAGCUAGAGGCUAAUAUACACCUACAGCAAGUCGAGGAGAGAGUUCGUGAUUUCCUCUGGGCCAAAUUCACCAAUGCCGACACUCCCAGCUCCUACAACCACAUGGACACCGACAAGCUGAGUGGAUUGUGGAGCCGCAUCUCCCACUUGGUCCUGCCCAUCCAUCCAGUAAAAGCCAUAGAGAACAAUGGCUGUUCUUUCCAAACCAAACCAUAGUGUUGAAUGAAAUCAGCUUCCAGGACAGCCAAAGCCUUUGUGUAGAGGAGGCAAGUUAUUACUAAGCCAGGGAUCUGGAGCCAUUAAUGAACAAUGAGCUCACUUUAUAAUAGCAUGACACUGUCACAUCUAUUUUUACCUCUUGGCAAGAUUUUAUAAUUUUCAAAGUGAGACCCAAUGGUGCAGGCGUAACUGGCUAAGCCAGGGGUAGGCAACCUAUGGCACGCGUGCCAAAGGCAGCCCGUGAGCUGAUUUUCAGUGGCAUUCACACUGCCCAGGUCCUGGCCACCAGUCUGGGGGGCUCUGCAUUUUAAUUUAAUUUUAAAUGAAGCUUCUUAAACAUUUUAAAAACCUUAUUUACUUUAUAUACAACAGUAGUUUAGUUAUAUAUUAUAGAUUUAUAGAAAGAGACUUUUUAAAACUGUUAAAAUGUAUUACUGGCACGCGAAACCUUAAAUUAGAGUGAGUAAAUAAAUGAAGACUUGGUACCCCACUUCUGAAAGGUUGCCGACCCCUGGCCGCUAAGCCAUCUCAGCCAAUCAUGUUGAAUAGACACUAGAAUGAUGCUUCCCAUUUGUGGAUUAAUAGAUGGGAAGAGCUAGUACUUUAAAGUGCUAACUGCACAGCUAGAAGAUUAUGGCCAAUGGAGAGAAUAGAUAGGAAGGGGAGUGGUUAUUGAAGGGAUAACAACACCAUGAAAAGCAGAUUUAUCCUGGAAAAGAUUGUACCUUUUAUAGAUACAUGUAACACAGGAGGUUACUAUAACUGACAGAAACAACUAGGUUGAAAUAUUUAUCUUCCCCCGCAGUCCCAUUUGUUUACAUUUGACAGCACUUUGCAAAAGUUGAUUUCAUUGUUUCCUUUGCAGUGUCAGUUUCUUUCUCCCUGACUGAAAGAAAUGGGGGAGCAGAACACCCCAGUUAAAGAUACUUAAGGGAUAUUUUAAAAAGAAAAUUAGGAUAUACUGGCCACAGCCUCAGCUGUUGUAAAUCAGCACAGCUCCCUUGAUACUGAUUUACACCAGCUGAGGCGCUGGUUCACUGUAUAUAGGGUGUUCAACCAGAAAUGGCAAUUUUAAAAGUAGUAGUCAAUUAAAAAAAAUGUCAGGUUGACAGUGGUUCUAAGGAUUCCUCCUAGGGGAUGAGGGGGUAUCCUGAGGUAUUCCUCAGGGAGAUUUUGAAAUCUGAAGUUGUUAUUAUUGAAGUAGCUACUUCAUAGCUCCUUCAAUCUAAUAUGAAACCCUUGUAUAUGGAAAGGUGCCACGUCUCCCAGCUGCUGUGCAUCUCAAGAGUCUUAGAUUUGUGUGACAAUGCUGCAUUUCAAGUGACACUAUUUGGUAAUGGUUAAAGGAGAGGCCAUUCUGAAAGUGGGAGAAAGAGAAGAAGGAAAAGUGACAGGUAGAGAAGGGAGCAGGGGAGUAGUAGUGGGAGGGAAAAUAGUGAUAAAAUAUUGAUCCAUAUUAUCCAAGAAGGGAACCUGUCAGAUCAUAUCUGCCCCCAAACUGUAUCAGACAAAACCUAAAACCAAACUAGAUUUUUAUUAAAAAUUCCAGUGGAAGGCCUUUCUGAACCACACAUAACCCUCUGCAGUAUUUGCAAACCAAGGGCCAGAUCCAGAUCAUCUUGCUCAUGUUAAAUAGAAUGAGAUGUCCCAUUGGUGCAGUUUGGCGAUGGAGAUGACUUUGCCAGCUUUCCACAAGCAGAGAGUUCCACAGGCUCUCUCAAUCCUCUUAGUCCACUUUGCACUGGUUUACAUGGUGCACAGUGGACUUAUCACACUGGAGCAUCUGGCCAGUGGUCAGAGCAUCCGAACCAGGCCCACAUCAUUGUGUUAGUGCAAGAGAACCUGAAAAUGAAACUAACUGGAAGGUGAUUUCUUUGUCCAAACUGACAGAAAUGCAAGAAGGUAAUUAAUUUGAUGGUGUUAAAACCAGAUUAGAUUUUUAAAAUUCAAUUAGAUUAUUUAAACUAGGAUGAUAUUAAAAAUACAGGUGAAGGAAGGUUGUUGGCUUGGGUUUUUUUUUUAAAUAUUUAACUUGACAUGGCCCCUGUCAAGGCUGAAUCCCCACUGUGUCACUCUGAGUGCAGAAAGUUGGGGCCCACAAGGAUUCUAAAAAUUAAUACUUUCCACUCUCCAGGCUUGUAUUAAACUCCCAAGGUUACAGCUUUUCUCUGACAUUGGCUUGGUAAAUGUUGCCACUACCCAAAUGCAAAAAAACUCCCUUGGAUCCAGGAAGGCACACUUGGGAAUUGCUCUCUGUGGGGUACCCUCAAGCCCUUUCACACACCCCUCUCCGGGGAAGAGCUGAGAAAGAAAACAAAGGAAAUUAGCUGUUGCCACCAGCUAAUCAAACAGCAUAUGCACAAACUUCUUAGGACACCAAAAAUCCAAUCCUGUUCUUAAAAAAGGUAAAUUUUAUUAAAAACAAAAAGAAAGAAAAUACAUCUGGAACUUUGGCUUUUUCUAGUUUUUAAAAGAGCAAUUCCAAAAAUCAAGCACCCAAAAUAGCUUUCUUGGGGGUUCAGCUUAAAGGUUACAAGCAAACAAAAGCAUCUGGGGUUAGCACAGAGGCAUCCACAAGCCAAUAAGAAAUAAAAUAACCCUAAUCACAUCUUUUUAGACAUUCCCUAAUUUUACUUACAUAUCUGAGGCUUCAGAUAAGUAGGUUUGAGGUAUGAAUUGAUAAUCUAUAAUCAAACCUGGCUUAAAGCUGCUUACAGUAUUGCUGCUCUGUGUCCCUGCAGCCCAGAGAACAACCAACAAAGGGAAAGUUUCUUUCCCAAUUUUAAAAAGUUCUACCUUCCCAUUGGCUCUUUUGGUCAGGUGCCCACUCCUUUCCUUUUACCUGUGGGCUUGUUAACCCUUUACAGGUAAAGCAAGCAGAGAACAAACACCAAGAGGGAUUUUACAGCUAACUGGCUGGCUGGAUGUCCAUAAGGGAGCUACCCCCCUUGUCCCCGCCUUUCAGUUAUCACACCUUAUGGACAGCCAGCCAGCCAGCCAGCCAGCCAUCACAACCCCUUUCAAAGAAAUUAGCUUUCAGCAGCAAGGCUGUAAUGGCCUCUUUGGGUCACUGGUGAUGUCCCAGGCCACUCACACUCUGCUCCUUGCCAAAAUAAUUUCCCUCAUUGUUUUUUCUGUACAGAGGGGACCUUCCACCUGCACACCUGCUCCCUCCCAUACAGAAGGGGCAGUCGUAGCCACCGCUGUAGCAGUGUAUCCCCAGAUCCUGUGGAGGUUCAGUCUGGAGAACAAGAUGGAAGCUGGAUGGGGCCAGGAGGAAUUUGGCAAGGGCUUUUCUCAGGGCGAGGUCCUCCCCCACCAGAGCCCUGGGAAGGGUGAUCGGCCCAUGGUUUGUAAUGUUACUGAUAACAGCAAAGGGACAUCAUAAUCUUGUAAUUCACAGUUGCCUCUAGGUCUCUCUAUAAGUAGCUCUUAUGAUUAACUUUUAGUUCCCUAGACAAUUGUUAAUAGAGGUAUUUAUUUCAGCCCCUAUAGGACAUAUCGCAAUGGGAUCUCUCUGCAUAGGGAGAGCUCACCUUCUCGCCAGCCGGGGGGAGCAGCCACUCAGAGUAAUAGGAGUGCUUCAUAUGGCUGGGGAACUGAGUGCACUGAUGGCUGGUAACGAGCUAAUACUUUAUGCACUGUUUGAAAGCUUAUGAAUCCCCAGCUUGGUGCACACCAGUGCAUGUUGCACAUCAUCUUCUGUACAUAACAUAGGAAGCGCUUGAGCCACUUGGGGGCAUGUUACUUCCAUAGGUACUGAUGCAUUCUGGGAAGUGUCUAGAGAAGAGCUACUAAGGUCAUGCUGGAGGGGACUCAGGUUACUAGGCUAAAGCUCUAAAGGCUCCAAUCCUGCAAUGAGAUCUCUGCAGGCAGACUCCCUGCACCUGUGUGGGUGCAGAGAGUCGGAAUGCACAGAUCACAUUGCAAAAUCAGGGCCCAGGUCUCUUCCGGUUGGAGAAGAAGAGGCUGUGGCAAGAAGUGGAGCUUACUUCCAAGUAUAACUGCCCAAAUGGAAGACAUGUUGUGAUCAGCACGAUCUAUAUGAGGGCUGAAGGAUCGAGCAAUCAAGGUGAGCUGCCCACAAUAGGCCUUACAAAGACAUAGGCUUUAAUUAAGCAACAACAGGAACAUGCUUGGACGCUCUGAGAUGGGUAACUUUGUAAAAUAUCCUCUAAUGACUGUACACCAAUGCUGCCUGUGCCGCACACCAGCGGUGCCUUGCUGAACCAUUCCAAAGGAAGACUAAGCUGACUCACAGCAUAGCUCACAGUAUUCACUCAUUUCACUACAGCCCCAGGGGUGCAGCCCAUCUGCAUUUCCAAAUCUCAGGAUUGAGACUGAAUUUUUUGGGGGUGGGGUUGGGGUGGAGGUGGAGAUUUUGCUUUGAAAAUAGAGUCUGCUUUUAUUCUUGCAAACAGAAUGCGUUGGAUGUGGUUUUUCAGCACGACUGGCCAUUUCAAGACAUGUCUUGGGACUGUUGUUCAUUUUUCCUAUGUAGUUGGCAUUUUAUAUGUCAUCCAAUUCUUGUAUUGAAAAGCAUGUGCUUUUUUCUCCUCUGCAGAAUGGAAAUAGGUUUUACUACAGAAGGUGGGCUGGUGUUCUGAAGUGUUUCUUAGGACACAAUCAACAUUCUAACACUCGGCUAUAUCAGGUUUUAAGGAAAAUAAUGAAUAACUGUGGCUGUAAAAAGUCUCUCUUCGCUGACAUUCAGCAAACCAAGGGGUCCAGUCCAAAGAACAUUUUUGUACAAAAUUUGGGGUAGGGGUAUUUGGCUGCUUUUCAUUUUUAAUCAAAGUGCUCAACAUGGAAGCACUUUCUUGUUUUUCUGUGUGGCUUGGGAUUUAUUGUUUGCUUUGACUUAAUAGUCAGCAAGAGAUCAGUCUAUGGUGCAAGUUCAAUGAUUUGAAAAAAUAUUAACAUCUAAAAGUCAAGUGCCACACACAGAUAAUUUUAUGUAUUCCGUUUCUACUGCAUUGUCUUCUGUGCAAUGGAAAGGAAUGAUUCUCAGGCACAUAAGGCACUGUGGGCAAUAUGGCCCAUGAGCAUUAACCAGUUGAGCUGUUGCAGCGUAGAGAAAUUUUAUGCUUUUUUAAAGAAAAACUUCCUUGUGCUUCUUAAAGUAGUUUU